AUGGCCCAGGUGGGUGCCGGGCCUGUGGGCUCCGGCAGGGCGCGGCGAGGAGAGAACGGGGCCUUGGCGCGGCCUGGCCGCCUCAGCUCCGCCGUCCUUGGACGGUAGCGGCACGCGUGCGAGAGAGCCCAUUCCCGGGCCUAGGCCCUGCGCAGCUACUGGGGGGGGAGCGGUCUUGUGUGUAGGGAGCGGGUGGUGGAGAUGCGGAAUGAUAACGGGGAAUCAUCCCUGCGGAGCCCCCGGGCCUUCUUUUUAUUCGGCUUGGGCCUCGCGGUUCCCGGAGGAGGCUGAAGCUCCGUGGUUGGUGGCGGAACCUUGUUGAUGCGGCUGAGGCGAAUUACUUUUUCUCUCUCACCCGCCUUUAAACAAAACAAAAAAAACCCCACGUUGAAUGGAAUUAUAUGGAAGUGGGUGCGAAAUGGGUUUUUUUGGGGGAUGGCGGGGAGGGAAACCUUAGUAAGAGCAGCGCGUGCUACCCCCGAUCCCUCAAGAUUUGGUUUUUUUAUUUAAUAAAUAAAUAUAUUGGAUAGCAGGGCGGGAUACAAAAGUGAGGCCGAAGAUGGCUCUACUAUUACUUACCACCGUCGUGAAAUUAUGGGACGGAUACACCCAGCCUUCUAAAAACAGUUGUUUAUGGUAGUAGUUUGGGGGCUGUAGCGUACUGGCUUGAUGACUUGUUGUGCAGGUAGGAGGUAAGAGGUUUAAUUUCUUCGGCCUUUUUUAAAAGCACCAAAAAGAAUGCCCUGGUCUUGUGGCCUUUGAAAAACUUGCAGGUGCUUUCCUUGGUUAGAGCCAGUUUGGUCUUCAAAGAAAGUGAUCAAGGAGGCUUUAUUAUGCCUUUGAUAAGUCGAGUUUGAUUGAGGAAAGCUUUUGCCACACCAUAGAGAACAAAAAGCAGUGCCAUAAUCUAUUUGCUUUAUUUAUUUAUUUAUUUAUUUAAGUAAUGCAUAUAUUCUACUUUCUAAAAUUUAUCAAGACAACAAUAUUAAGAGGAAAGAUUAGGAGAUAUAGCAGUGUUUAUCAUGGCCCAAGACAGUCUCAUUUUUUAAAAAAAAAUUGUUUAACAGACUAACACUGCUACCACCCUAGAAUCAGGUUUCGUUGUGUUUUUGAAACUUAUCUCUAGUAGCUGGACUGAGAAAGAUCCUUGUAAGAUCCUGAAGAAUGGUUGCUCUGACUUUGUAUGAAGCAGUUUCCUGUUUCUUCAAAGACUGCAGUCCAUAGUUUCCUCUAGUCCAGCAUCCUGCUUCCAGUUUGAUCAUCCUCUCUCCCACCCACCCCACAUUCAUUAUUCUAUCAUUUGUUACCUACUGGAUUUUGAAGAAGGGUCAGCCUUCUCUUAAAGGAUGGUGGUGAGGAGCUUGUUCUUAGCCCCUUUUUUGCUACAUUUUGAAAGGAUUUGUGUCUUAUUCUGUAACACUAGACAGCCCCUACACAGAAAACAGUGUGUGGUGGUUGUGAUCUAGCCCCCACCUUAUGUUUGCACCCUGCAUGGUCUAUACAGAACAUCUUACGUAAUCUUACGUGCUGUUGUGUUUGGAAGGGAAGAAAUUGUUUAACUCAGGCUUGUUUAAUUCCAGUAGGGUUACCUGCUUUCAUGCCCCCAAUAAAUAAAAGGAAGGGGGGAAACUUUAAUCAACUUGAUUUUGGUUUGUUGGACUUUUGAAAGUAUGGUAGCAGGACCAAUUCUUUGUUUUUAUUAAGCGCACCAUCCUAGAACAAGUGUUGCCACAUGUUAACCAUUGUUAAAACUUGGCUUAGCAUUUAAAUGACAGUGUUUAUUUAGGUGAGGUGUGGCUCAGCAUCACAUAAGUGAUUCUGCAGUUUCUGCAUCAUAGUGUGUGUGUUCUACUGGGCAGAGAUUUAUUUAUUUGUUGUGUACAGCACCUAGCACACUGAUGCCUCAUAACUGGAUAGUAAUUGAAAAUAAUAAACAUGGUAUAUAGUGUUUUAUGGGUGUUCAAAGCUCUGAUUUCUACAACAGCUUUGCAUGGUAGGCUGGUAUUAGGGUCAUGUUUCAUGUUGGGGAGGGGGGAAGCGUGGCUGCCUAAGGUUACAUGGCUCAACUUGGCUGAGAACCACUCUGGGCUGGGAAAACUUGUCACCUCUGAAUCCCAAAGGAGUUUGGAGUAUGUAUCAGCCAAUUAGUUGCUUAGUUUCUCCACUGCAAAACAUAUAUGCCAAAGUCACUUAGUGGAGCAUGUUCUUGCAAAUGGGAGGCCAGUAGGCACAGAAAAUACAUUUGGCUUAGCUGCUUUAGUAUAUAAUAUAGAACUUUGAUUUUUAUAAGCUAUUUUUGUACAUUCAGGGAUUGCCUGAGUGGAUACUGGAAAACUCAUUGGGAAUAUCCAUGUGACAGCUGAGAGAGGCUUGAAGUUGUUUGGUCUCUUCUUUUGCUACUAAAGAAAUUAUGAAGUCUAGGGACUUUCUCUUUCAGACAUAGUUAUGGGGUGAUGACAGCUUGCCUGGGUCUGUGAACCAGUUGUAUUUUGUAAUUUUCUGGUAUCACUUUCACACUAUGAACUUUAGUGGAUUUUCAGAAACUUAAUUAAAUAUUGGAGAUAAGUACAAAAACAUACUAAUUUGAAAUUGUUUUGUUGGUCUUUCGACCGCAAUAAAGUUUUAAUGAUAACAUACUAAGCUACAAAAUCUGUUACUACUCUAUGCUGUUUGCUUUGUCAGAGUUUGAAUAGUGGGUCUGUCUGCAGUUUUUGGUAAUUUUCUCUGUCUUUGGUCAAUAAUAAUUCGGUCAUUAAUUUCAGCAUUCUAACAUUAACACAUUCCAGUCAGUUAGACCAGAGGUUUUCAACCUUUUUGAGACCACGGCUCCCUUGACCAACUACACUCUUUCUGCAGCACCCCUGUGGGGCUCAGGAGCCUAGUUAUGUCACCUCUUGCCUCUCACCCUCCCUUGUGGAGUAUUCCCUCAGCCUCCUUUCCCCUCUCCUUGGGAGUCCUUUGGGCAGCUGCUGCUGUCCUCCCUGGUCUCUGAACUGCCCCCCCACCCCAAAGAGAGGUGCCUCCAAGUGAAACCAUUCGACUGUGGAGCUUAUAGCCAGGGCUGCUGCAAUAAACAGCUGUGCAAGCCUUUGGGAGGCAAAGAUGCAGGAGGGCAUCAGAGGAGGAAGGGAAGAGGAACAGAGGUAGUGUUGCUUGUGGUACCCCUGACCAUCAUUCAAGGCACUCCAGGGUACUAUGGCACACUGGUUGAAACCCACUUACACUAUGAUUGUGAGCCUAAAAUCAGAGGGACUUGUUUCUGAAUAGGUAAAUGGUACUUGCAUGUUAACCUGGUGUAUUUGGACUCAGCUAUACAGCUGCAAAUAAAACGUUUUAAGUGUGUUGUAAAGUGCAUUAUACAAUUGUGACACUAGAUGGCGAUGGUGAACUAUGGCAAAUUCAAUAUAUUCAAUAUAUUUUUCAAACUUUUUUUAAAAGCAUUUUAACAGGGUUAUUUGUAUGAGUCUAGAUUCCUCCCCAGAUAAUACAUUUUUGACAGAUAUUUCUGUACAGUCGUACCUUGGAUCCCGAAUGCCUUGCAAGUCAAAUGUUUUGGCUCCUGAACGCCGCAAACCCGGAAGUCAGUGUUCCGGUGUGUGAAUGUUAUUUGGAAUCUGAAUGCCUGGUGCUGCUUCCGCGGUUUCCAAACAUUUUAGAAGUUAAAUGGACUUCUGAAACGGAUUUCGUUCGACUUCUGAUGCACGACUGUAUUUUGUAAUUUCGGCACUGUAUAUGUUUGCUGCAGGAAACAUUGCUGGUACAAUCAUAACGUGUACUUUGCCUGUAUCGUAUGUGUACCCUAGAAGAAUGGAAUGAUAGAACUGUAGAAUUAGAAAGUACCCCAAGGGUAAUCUAGUCCAAUCCCCCACAAUGCAGGUAUCUCAGCUAAAGCAUCCAUGACAAAUUGCCACCCAACCUCUGCUUUAAAGCCUCCUCGGAAGGAGGGUCCACAGCCUCCUAAAGGAGUCUGUUCUACUGUUGAACAGCUCUUACUGUUCUUCCUGAUGUUUAGAAGAAGACAAGUUUAGUAUUCAUGGAAACAGUCAUUGUGUUAUAACCAUCUACCACUCAUUUAUGGAAUUGUGACAUCUGCACAUCAAAACAGCAUUGCUCCUUUUAAGUUUAUGUAAGCUGGGUCUUCCUUCCAUUUUAUACAAACCAGUAGGUUCUCCUAUUCUCACUUUUUAAAGAAGAAAUAGAAGUAUUCUUCCAGACUUCCAUCCAUCUGCAUUUAUGUACUCUUCCUCCUCUCAGAUAAACUUAAUGUGGAAAGUUAAACUCUUGCACCCCCCCCUUUUCCCCUGCAAAUCUAUUAAUUCAUGGAAGGAGCAAUGGGGAGAGGGAGUUGUGUUGAAAUUGCAUCUCCUAUGUAGUGUGUUGGGGGGUGUGAAUGUUUGAAAGUACUGUGUAUGGUAGGGCUGGAUGAUACCAGUUUUUUGCCAUUGCAAUAUAUCACCUGCUAAACAUUGUGAUAUAUCACAAUGUUUGAAAUAAGGAUGAAGCUAUGCAGAGGCAUUGGCUAGCUUCACGGUUUUUCCCAUAUUUCUGCAUAGCGUGCCCGCACACUCCUUAUGAUUGGUGAUAUAUUGCCAGGUCAAAAAUUAUGAAACUGAUAUCACAAUAUGGACAUCAAACCAGUUCUGGACAGUAUAUUGAUAUAUCACCCAGCCUUAGUGCAUAGAAGUAUUUAGUUUUCUUUGAAGUUUGAAUUGAGCUGAUCCAAACAGCUGGGUUUUGUAGGAUGUGGGAGUAAUUCCUUUAUUCCCUGCUGGUAGGAUUUUUUGGGGGGUUAUAUGGAGGGACUUGGAGAAAUCAAUUAGCAACAGGUAAGAAUUUCCCAUCUUAUCUCUCCAUGGUCACUGCAGUGAAAAUAAGUACCGUACUUUUCUGUGUAUAAGACUAGGGUUUUUUGCUCAAAAAUAAUGUUGGGGGGGGCUCGUGCAUUGUGGGGCUGGGUGAUUGGUUGAGUCCCCCAAAAUAGGGGGUGUCUUAUACACGGGGGGUGUUAUACACAGAAAAAUAUGGUAUAUAUGUCUUUAAAAUAUAAUGUACUUGAAAACCUUUGAUUUUAAUGUAGGUUUUUAAAAUGGGCAGUAAAAGGGUGGUUUGCUGUAAAAAAUAUUUUGGGAGAGGCUCUUCAGGAUUAAUAUCUCCUGUCUUGUGAGUAGGGCACAUAGAGAUAAUUGUGUUUUCUGAAUUUCACCCUACGAGUGCAAGAGAAGACCACAGUGCAAUAAGAAUUUUAUUCACAGGUUUAAUUACUACCAGCUGUGCAAAUUGCUCUCUCACACAAACUAUUUUAUAUAUUUAUAUAUAAUAUUAAAUGGAGGUAUAUUAGAUAGGGAUAUAGAGAUAUAUAUGAAGCCCAGAUUAAAAGUGUGUAUGUGCAGCUAAAAUAACAUAUCAUUUAUAGGUAACCUUAUUUAGGAUUUUAUUAAGGAAGCAGUCCCUAAAAUAUGCCAACCUCAGAUAUGUUAUUUAUGGUGGUCUUAAGCUUCUCUAAAGAUAUCCAGUGAGUACCUGUCUCAGCUGAUUUGAACCCUGCAUCAUCUUCCUUUUAGCCUGCACUUGUCAUUAUCUAGUCUUGCAGCACAGAUGAAUGCAUUUGUUGCGUCAAAAUGUGUGAGAAAAAUAACAUGCAGAUUGCUACACAGAAGUGAUGUUCAUGUAUGAGAACCAUCUUGUGUAAAGUCAUUCUUAAGAUUCUGUGACUGCUCAUAUUGGUGUAACUGUGUGUACAUCACUGGAAUCAUUCCAGUAUCCUUGUAGUUCUCCUUUAUGUUGUCUCUGGGUUUCAGAUUUUGUUAAUUAAGAUAAAGACAAUAAACCUAAUAAUAAUAAUACUCUAAUAUUUAUGAGGUAUUACUGUCUUACUAGAAUUAGCGUUUAAUUAAUAAUAGGUAGUCAAAUGUUUCAUAUGAAAGGAGCUUGCUUUUUUAAAAACUUGGAAUUAAAAAUAAAACUGUAUUUUCUGUGUGCCAAUAUUAGCUUUCAAUAGCAUGUGAGCAGUAACUGUGUUGUAGUCUGUUCAGCAGUUCGUUGACUUAAAGAAGAAUAGGUACUUUUGCAUAGCCCCAUUUUAAUGCUUCAACUGUUUGUUCAAGUCCACCUGCUUGUUCAGUCACCAUAAGCAUUAUUUUUUAGAUUAAACUGCUGUUUGUGUUGCUGUUUAACAGCAUGUAGUUAAAACAUGUCAUUCUGAAUUUUGUGUAGCAGAAUUGUCCUUUAGAAUUACAGUGGUGCCUCGCAAGACGAAAUUAAUUCGUUCCGCGAGUUUUUUCGUCUAGCGAAUUUUUCGUCUUGCGAAGCACAGUGUCGGAAAAGUUUUGGAAAAGCUUCAAAAAUCACCAAAAACCUCAAAAAAGGCUACCACACCGUGUUCUAUGAGUUGCUCCUCGAAGUCAAGUCGCAACUGUAUUAACGGUGUUAAGAAAAAGGAAACAAACUUGCAAGACGUUUUCGUCUUGCGAAGCAAGCCCAUAGGGAAAUUCGUCUUGCGAAGCAGCUCAAAAACCACAAAACCCUUUCGUCUAGCGAGUUUUUCGUCUUGCGGGGCAUUCGUCUUGCGGGGCACCACUGUAGAGAGCAAUAGAAAGAAAGCUUCUCUGAUUAUUCUUUUUUUUCUCUUUGUAGGUUGAAAAAAGAAAAGGACACCUGCAUGCGGCCAGUGAAGAUGCUCUUUACUUCGACAUCAGCUAUUUAAGCUGAAUGCAUUGUGAUUUCCAGUAAUUGAGACAGUGGUUCUGAAAGCUGUCUACAUUAAUGAAAAGAACAAUGUAGUCAGCUUAAUUGAAUCAUCAGUGUUGCAUAUUGAAUAGAGCAUGACAAAUCCGAUCUUGAUGGACUUCUUCAUAUUAGGAGUAUAGAUCAAUAUACCUUUUAUUUAAAGCCUUGUUUUUUGUAAGUUUUAAUUAUGGAGAAUUAUGAAAAUGCACCUCCCCUUCCAAAAGAGCCAGCAACAGAAGCGAAUGUGGAGAACCAUUCUUGUCCCCCACCACUGCCGCCUAAUGAACAGCCUCCACCACCUCCCCUGCAAACGUCCAGUGACGCAGAGGUAAUGGACGUUGGCUCUGGUGGUGAUGGACAGUCAGAUACCCCUGCUGGGGACGCACACACUGUCGGCAGAAUACAACUUCUCACAAAGGGAUCGUCAUGCUACAAAAGUCGUCUUAUCGUAGAUCCUAAUAGUGACCAAAGCCCAAGAACUGCUCGUCAUGCGCCGUCAGUUAGAAAGUUCACCCCUGAUCUUAAGUUGCUUAAAGAUGUAAAGAUUAGUGUUAGCUUUACAGAGAGCUGCAAAAGUAAAGACAGAAAAGUUCUGUACACUGGAGCUGAGCAUGGUUAUGAAGCAGAUACAGAUUUAGGUAUUAAUAAUGUUAAUGGGGGUAUGCAUGCUUGUCCUCUGGGUGGGGGUAGUAAUGGUCAAGCUACACGAGUAGCUGGUGAAAAUGAUGACAAAAAGGAGGAUGAAAAUGAUGUAGAUCAGGAAAAGCGAGUUGAGUAUGCAGUUCUGGAUGAUUUAGAAGAUUUUACAGAAAAUUUGAUGGAAAUAGAUGAAGAAGGAGGGUUUACGUCUAAAGCAAUCAUUCAGAGAGACAAAGUGGAUGAAGAAACCUUAAGCUAUUCUUACGAGGUAAGUAAAUUCUGUUUCUAAUUUCAAACAUUUCUCCAGGUUUUAUAUAUUAACUAAAAGGUCUCUGUACCAAGUAAUAUUCAGCUUAUAACAAAUGCUUAAAUUUAGGAGUGGUGUUAAGAGCUGCUUAACUGUAUGAAAUAUACAUUUAGACAGUACUGAGAAUGGAUAUGUUGUGAUUUGUUUUUUCGUUUCAGUAUGAAGGCUGUGAGAUUUGUUAUUCUAGAGAAUGCUAAGAAAGCGUCAAGUUAUUAAUAAUUUACUUAAAACAUGACACUUAAAUUCUUAGUUGGCUUAUGAUGGGGAUGGGAUUUUGUGGAUCCCUGUACAAAUCAUUCUUGCUUUGACUUCAGUAUUGUCUGAGGAGGAGAAUAGGUAUAGGGGCAUGGUAUAUCACAAUGUGUUUUUCAGGAUGAAUUUGAUAAUGAUGUGGAUGCUUUGCUGGAAGAAGGCCUUUCUGUUCCUAAGAAAAGGAGAAUUGAUGAGAAAUAUGCAGGGGAGAGUGACCAUCAAUCUGAUGGAGAGACAACUGUGCAGCCAAUGAUGACCAAAAUAAAAACAGUUCUUAAAAGUAAGCUAUUUACAUUAUGUAUAACUAUAGAUAUGUUUACUAUGUACUCUUUUUUGCAGUAAUAUUUUUGAGGUAAUGGUCUGAACAUACCCACUAUAUAUUAGUUAUAUUAGUCCAAAAGCAGUCCAUCGGCCAGGUCUUGUGGCCUCCUUGAUAUCAGCCUUCUUUUUUCUUUCUGAAGCAGGUAGCAAAACCAGGAAGUUCCUGGUUGGCCACCAUAGAUGAUAAGAAAUACUGAGUUGUAGGCUCCUCUGGGCCAGCCCAAUACAUUUUGGCACCUGAGGCAAACCACAAAAUGCCCCCCCCCCAACCAGGGAAGAAGGGGUGUGAAGAGCUACGUCAGGAAUAAGGGGAGAAUAAGGAUCUGUAUCGGGAGCAAGGGUGGAAGGAAACUAGUAGCAGCACCUAUUUGCCCAGUGGCUACUGUAGCUGCUGAGGAGGUAACAGAUCUGGCUUCCAAAGAGUGUACUACAGCUGUCACUGCCAUUGGUGCAGUGGCAGCAGUGGGCAAUGCAUUCCUUGGGGGUUGGAUCUACUGCCCCUAUGGAUCCUGCCCCCUGAGGCAGUCACUUCAUUUUGCCUCAUGGGUGGGCUGGCCCCGAGGCUCACACAGGCUGCGUAACCCAGGUAGAUUGGGAUCUCUGGAUGAUCAGCAGUAGAUUGGCAAGGGUUUCUGACAUCACACACUCUUAAAUCUAAGUGUGCGUCUUUUGGAUCUAGCUCUUCUUUGAUCUUGAGGCUCUAUUAAAAUCCAAAGUAGAUCCCGCAAGCCUUAAGUCUGCUCUACCCUGUCAUAGACAUUUAUUGUAUAUUAGUGUUGUGGAAUCCUAAAGGAGAAUAUUUUAGAUAGAUGUUGAAUGUGAGGUUUGUGAAGGUAAACUCUGAACACCUUCAUUAGAAAUCUUCGAGGGGUACUAGACUUGUGGAGAAUAUGCAGUUUUUAUUCUCGGUAGGACCAGUAUCUCAGAGGAAAAAUAACAUCUCAUUAAAAUGCCACACAUAGGUUUUGCAGGCUGGUGGUACUUGGCAGCCCAAUUCAUUGCAUGUAUACUUGGAAAUAAGUCUUGCUUUGUUCAGUGGUAGUUUCUGUCAAAUAAGUGUGCUCAGGAUUGCAGCCUAAAUCAAGCUGGUUGUGAUGUGGAAAAGAGUAUUAAAUAUUUUGCCUUUUGCUUGAUUUUUUUAAAAAAAUGCACAUGGCUUCUCUUGAAGUUAAUAAAUUACAAUAAAGAUGGAAUGUUUUCAGUCCUUUCUGAUGCCACAAAAAGGGGGCAAGUGCAUAUUCCUAGGGAUUUGCAUUCCCUGCUCUUUUUCUGAUGAAAAAGGAGAGGUACAAAAAGAGGCCUGCAAUAAAUAUAUUGAACAGCGGUCAGUAUUUGUAAGAAAUCAAUCUUUCAGUGUGAUAGCACCCACUGCCAUACUUUAGGGAAGUCUACCCAUGUUUAAAUCUGGCUUUCAGUUCAUCAUCAAUUUUAAUUAUUUUUUGGAAGGUUUUAAGUCAGCUUUCCAAAUUGUGUGACAACAUGUUAGUGUGUCGGCUGCAGUGUGUAGGUGUGUUACAUGAAUGCUCCCUGUGCUGCUGAGGGGUUAGUUUAACCUCCAGUUUGCUAGUAAAUCUGAAUUACUUGUCAUGAAAUGAUGCAUGUCUAAAAAAUGUGUCACCAACACGAAAAGUUGGGAAAACUCUGCUUUAAGUAGUUGUUUUGCUGUUUUUUACUGAUAAUUUAAUCAUUUUGUUCUUUUUGUAAACAGCUUGUAAGGGUUUUAAAAAGUUGAUAUGGUGCAGCAAACAAGUUGCAGCUUGAAUAAUACUGAGGAUGAGAGAGAGAGAGAAAACAAUAUAUUCAUAUUUACUUCCAUUUUGCUUUCAUGUGCAACUUGCUGUUCAAAAUACUGUUUCACCCUGGAAAGCAAAUUGCUAACUUUGUGUACAGGUUGGAAGUAAAUGCAAUCUGACCACUUCAAAAUAUUACGGGGACGUAUGGGGCAUCGAUUGAAUGUCAUUGUGGGCCUUCAAAAACAGGGAGCCCCUUCACAGCCUUGCUAUUAACUAGGGGUUGGGAGAGGUGGCAGCAGCUUUUACUCUCCUCUUGGUUGAUCAUUUACACUGAUAUAUUUCUUUGAUAUAUAACUUCAGACUACUUGUGUAUCCUUCCAACCACUUUUGUUGUGAUAAGACAUCUUGUGCAUUGAGCAGUUUCUCCUUUUUUCUGAAGGUCGUGGCCGUCCACCUACAGAGCCCUUGCCUGAUGGAUGGAUCAUGACAUUCCAUAACUCUGGCAUUCCUGUAUAUCUGCACCGAGAAUCCAGAGUUGUCACCUGGUCCAGACCUUACUUCUUAGGAACAGGAAGCAUAAGGGUAUGGGACAGACUUCAAUAAAUUUGGUCAUUUAGAGAAAUUAGAUUUUGAAUAUAUCUGUAGCCUUUUGUUGUGAUUAUUGUAUUGUUGACAAAAAUGUCACUGAAUAUAGUUGCCUAAAGACCUACAGUGGUGCCCCGCAAGACGAAUGCCUCGCAAGACGGAAAACUCGCUAGACGAAAGAGUUUUCCGUUUUGGAGGUGCCUCGCAAAACGAAUCUGCAAUGGGCUUACUUCGCAAGACGAAAAUGUCUUGCGAGUUCCUGGUUUGUUUUUUUCCUUUUCCCCCUCUUUUUCUAAGUCGCUAAGCCGCUUAUCUGCUUAUCUGAUAAGCUGAUAAGCUGCUAAAAGCCGCUAAAAGCCGCUAAUAGCGCUAAUCCGCUAAUCCCGUCAAUGGGCUUGCUUCGCAAGACAAAAAAACCGCUAGACGAAGAGACUCCCAGAACGGAUUCUUUUCGUCUUGCGAGGCACCACUGUACUUUGGUUUUACUUGCUGGUUCAGUUUAUGUUUCUAAAAAUGUGCUGUGUUUCUAAGAAUUAGUUUCCACAGCACCUUGGGAAACCAAGUUAAAUAUGAAGGUAUCUGAAUAAUAUCAUGUCGAUUGUAUGGGGAAAUAUUGCCUCUUUUAAUGCCAUUUGUAUAAAUAUAUUUUAGAAUUUUACUAGGCUGUAUCUAAGUCAUAAUUGGAAACAUACAGCAAAUUCAACAAUGUUAUAAAAUUUUGUAUUUUCACAAUCAUAUCGUGCUGUUGCUUCAUUAUCUUCAUUUAUUAAACUGGGCAUUUUAUAGGAGCACUGCAGUUCCAGUGGAUUGCACUUACGUCCACAUGGUAUUCUGGUAAUAAUUGAAUAACUGCAUUAACAAAUAAAAUAAUAAAUUCAGCAUGACUUUGCAUAGUUCCAAAGUGCAAUUCCCUUUUGUUCACCUGCAUACAACUUCCAUUCAUAUGUUGAAGGUUAUAAAUGGUUGACAUGCUGUGGCUGGCUAUAUAAAGCAUAAAAUAGCUUUUCGACAACAUAGUCCAUUUUCUUGAAAAUGCUCCCCUAGCAAAUCUCUACAAAGUUCUCAGGAUCUCAGGCUUUGCUGGUGUAUGAUAGGGGAGGCAUAUAGCAAACUUUGAACACUACUGGAAGAUGUUAGAUCUGGGUUUUUAGAUUUGUUCUCAUAAUUUUAACUUUAAAAUUUUAUAUUUGCAGAAACAUGAUCCCCCGUUGAGUAGCAUUCCAUGUUUGCAUUAUAAGAAAAUGAAGGAAAAUGAGGAAAGGGAACAAAGUAAUGACAUCACCCCAAAUGGGGAAGUAUCGCCUAUAAAACUCAUGGAUAAGUCUUUAGAAUUUGACUGCCAAACAGAGGAGCCGGACUCCACUGCUGCUGAUUCUGGGACUUUAGAUGAGAAAGACCCACCCGGGGGAGAUGCAGCACAAGGAGCCUUAGGUCAAGUUAAGGCCAAGGUUGAGGUGUGCAAAGAUGAAUCAGUAGGUAAGUGUCAAAAAUGUUGAUUUCUUGAGUGAUAAGAAUCUAACUCAAGCAUGUAGGCUUCCUUGUGGAUACAAUGGCACUUGGCUUACAGAUGUAGAACUUGCGAACGCAGAGGGCUGCAAGCCUAGGAGAUUUCUAUACUAAACCCAUUGUUGUUGUUGUUGUUUAGUCGUUUAGUUGUGUCUGACUCUUCGUGACCCCAUGGACCAGAGCACGCCAGGCACUCCUGUCUUCCACUGCCUCCCGCAGUUUGGUCAAACUCAUGCUGGUAGCUUCGAGAACACUGUCCAACCAUCUCGUCCUCUGUCCCCUUCUCCUUGUGCCCUCCAUCUUUCCCAACAUCAGGGUCUUUUCCAGGGAGUCUUCUCUUCUCAUGAGGUGGCCAAAGUAUUGGAGCCUCAGCUUCAGGAUCUGGCCUUCCAGUGAGCACUCAGGGCUGAUUUCCUGAAGAAUGGAUGCGUUUGAUCUUCUUGCAGUCCAUGGGACUCUCAAGAGUCUCCUCCACCACUAUAAUUCAAAAGCAUCCAUUCUUCAGCGAUCAGCCUUCUUUAUGGUCCAUCUCUCACUUCCAUACAUCACUACUGGGAAUACCAUGGCUUUAACUAUACGGACCUUUGUUGGCAAGGUGAUGUCUCUGCUUUUUAAGAUGCUGUCUAGGUUUGUCAUUGUUUUUCUCCCAAGGAGCAGGCGUCUUUUAAUUUCGUGACUGCUGUUACCAUCUGCAGUAAUCAUGGAGCCCAGGAAAGUAAAAUCUCUCACUGCCUCCAUUUCUUCCCCUUCUAUUUGCCAGAAGGUGAUGGGACCAGUGGCCAUGAUCUUAGUUUUUUUGAUGUUGAGCUUCAGACCAUAUUUUGCACUCUCCUCUUUCACCCUCAAUAAAAGGUUCUUUAAUUCCUCCUCACUUUCUACCAUCAAGGUUGUGUCAUCUGCAUAUCUGAGGUUGUUGAUAUUUCUUCCAGCAAUCUUAAUUCCGGCUUGGGAUUCAUCCAGCCCAGCCUUUCACAUGAUGAAUUCUGCAUAUAAGUUAAAUAAGCAGGGAGACAAUAUACAGCCUUGCCGUACUCCUUUCCCAAUUUUGAACCAAUCAGUUGUUCCAUAUCCAGUUCUAACUGUAGCUUCUUGUCCCACAUAGAGAUUUCUCAGGAGACGGAUGAGGUGAUCAGUCACUCCCAUUUCUUUAAGAACUUGCCAUAGUUUGCUGUGGUCGACACAGUCAAAGGCUUUUGCAUAGUCAAUGAAGCAGAAGUAGAUGUCUUUCUGGAACUCUCUAGCUUUCUCCAUAAUCCAGCGCAUGUUUGCAAUUUGGUCUCUGGUUCCUCUGCCCCUUCGAAAUCCAGCUUGCAGUACAGUAAAUGCUAAUUCGGUAUUCCAUUUCUCCUUCAAUUUUUAAUGAAAUGCUGCUGCUGCUUGUGUGUUUUAAAUACAAUUCCAUUGUAUUUAGUUGUAGUUAUAAGCAUUUAGUUGGUUUGUUGUAUGCUGCAGCCCUUUUUCAGUUCUCCGAUGGAAGCACAUGUUAAAAUAAUUUGGAUGUGCAGUAAAACCAAUGUAUAAAUCUUUACUUCAAAUAUUCCAUCAUCAUGCAUAGUGAAAUGCUAGAAUUGUAGCAUAGCUGGGACGUGCCAGCCAUCAAAACUAGGGAUUGCUAACCUUUUGAGGCCUGUGGGCACACUUGCAAACUGGGGACAUUUGAGUGGGCACGCUUGCACACAGCAGCAGAAUGCUUCUUUUGAGCCUAACCAUUUUGUCACUGUCUUUGUAAUGUAAAAGUGGUAGUUUUAAUUGACCAUGGGGAUUGAAUAUUUUUCCUAGAUCUUGAAGAUUUUAGACACUAUCUUGAAAAGCGUUUUGAUUUUGAACAAGUAACUGUAAAGAAAUUCAGAACCUGGGCAGAGAGACGACAGUUCAAUCGUGAGAUGAAGAGGAAACAAGCAGAAUCUGAGCGACCCAUUUUACCAGCCAAUCAAAAACUUAUUACUUUGUCUGUGCAAGAUGCACCCACAAAAAAAGGUAAGCCGUUUUAUGUAUGUUAACUUUUUUCAUUAGACGAGUGCUUAGUUUUUGUCUGAGUUGGAUUAGUACUGGAAGUAACAAAAUGCAUGUGUAAAAAUGAUCCUAGCUUCCCUGCAAAACAGGAUGCUUGCAAUCACCUGGUUCCUCUUUAAAUAUGAAAAUUUGGGUUUGCAUACCCCAAAAUGGUCAGGGCACCAGGUUCUAAUAGGGCUCAAUUGAUGAUUUCCCUGCCUUUCAUAAAACUGACUUUCUUGCCAAAAAACUUUUUUUGAAUGCUUAUAGAAGUCUUGUCUUGAUUUCAAGCUAUGACAGUAUUAAAGCUGCUUGUCUUCAUUACAGAUAAUUGCUUUUGGAUAUGGUAAUGUUUUGUCUUAGAAGGACUUGGGACAUAAUACUUUCCUUGUUUGAUUGUGCAGCGACCAAUUUGUUGUAAGACCAUGUGAGGAGAGGUACAGAAGUAGUGAAGCCAUGCUAUCUGACUUACACUUUAUGGAAGCUUUCCCAAGUACUUCUGUAGCUUGAACCUAAUUCUGUACUUGGCAAGUGUAGAAUGGUCUACCUGAAAUACUUUGCUUUGUGGAGCAGGAAGUGAUGGAAACUGAAUGGGAAGGGCCAGAGCUCUAUUGCAGAACAUCUGCUUUGUAUGCAUAAGGUCUCUGGUUCAAUCUUGAGCAUCUCCAGGAAGGGGUGGUAGAGGCAUGUCUGAAACCUUGUCAAGCUGCUAUCAGUCAGUGUAGGCCAGUGUUUCCCAACCAUGGGUUUCCAGAUCACAGUUCCCAUCAUCCCUGACCACUGGUCUUGCUAGCUAGGGAUGUUGGGACCUGUAGUCCAAAAACAACUGGAGACCCAAGUUUGGGAAAUGCUGGUAUAGACAGUACUGAGCUCUGACUUUAUAAGCAGCUUCCUAUAAGCAGAUCAUUGAACGUGAAAUAGAAUAUGUCCAGUUAUUGUCAUUGGGAUUGGUUAUUGGAGAUAUUCUAUAUAUCUUCUCCAAAAUGAACACUCUGAAAUUAAGGAGCGAGUGCCCACAUACCCAGCCAAUGACUCUGCAUGUGAUAGACAUGUGUCUCCUUUUCCCCCUCACACAUAAAGUAUUGUGUAAUGUGGGUGUUUCAGUUAUAGAGGCAUAUCCAAGUGAUUCUUGCACUUUGAGAAAUGUUACGUUGGGGAGGAGUAGAAGAGGGUAUGUACCUGCCCCUCUUUCAGGCAAACUAAGUAGUAUGUGAACUUGUCUAAGCUGAAUUAGAAUACUGAUUUUACUUUUUGCUUUAUGAUCAGGAGCUCCUAAUCUAUAUGUUAUGCUGUUGGUAGUAAAAUCCUUAAAGGCAUUUGUAAAAUGUUUUUCUUAAUAGAGUUUGUUAUUAAUCCCAAUGGGAAGUCUGAAGUUUGCAUCCUUCAUGAAUAUAUGCAACGAGUCCUAAAGGUUCGACCUGUUUACAAUUUCUUUGAAUGUGGUAAGUCUUCACUAUAGUAUUUUUUUGUAGGACAACAGUUACUUGCAGUGUCUGGGCUGUACAUGAUCUAAGCUUGAGCCAAGUAUUCCAGGAAAAUAAACAGUAUAGGCAUUGACAGGAUGCGCACUGCAUCUAGAAUAACGUAAAUUAAGAAGUGUCCCUUGUUGGUUUUGAAGGAAAAACUGACUCAUUGUAAUGUGCAGAUUCCUAGUUUUGUUCAUUCAAAAUGUCAAUCACCAACAGAUGGAAAUCAAAGUCUUAAGAUAGCAGGUCAUUGACCAGCUAAUGUGGAAUCUGAGAACUACUAAAUUAAGCGUUGCAUAUUGAUAGCACUUGUACAACCUUUUUAGAUUACAUCUUAGAACUUUAACAUAGCAUCUGAGGACUGUGUUAGCAUUUCAAAAACUUCUUUUUUAGUAGUUAUGUCACAAACAGAUGACAUAAGGAAAUUGUCGUUUUUAUUCUGUAAACCUGUGAUGAAAGCAGCCUGUUUGCAUUAUUUGGUCAAAAUCACUUUUGUUUAUCUUACACAAAGAGAAUUGGUAGUUCUCAGACAUCCUAAAUCAUGCAGGUUUAGGAUUUGUUUAGAAUAUGGUGGCUUCCCAUUUUCUCUCCUUUUUAAAGAGAACCCAAGUGAGCCUUUUGGAGCCUCGGUUAUUAUUGAUGGAGUGACUUAUGGGGCAGGUACAGCAAGCAGCAAGAAACUUGCGAAGAAUAAAGCUGGUAAUGUAAACAUAUUUAAAUAUCGUGUAUUGAAUGUGUGCUUGAUAGCCAGUACCAAUAAGGUUGCAAUCCAAAGAGUCUAUGCAUUUCAGCUCUACUGUCGCAAAAUGGGCUUUACUCCGUAAUAAAUACAUGCAGGUUUAGGGUGUAUGUACCUUUUAAUACAGGGGUAGCUAACCUUUUCAGGCAUCCAGGGGCCGCAUGUUGUAAUGGGCAUAUAAGUGGGCAUGAUUAGUUUUGUUUUUUAAAAAUGCAGUCGGGAAGGGGGACCAAAAAAGCUUUGGGCUUCAUACAUCACAGUGGGGAGCCAGUUUUUUUUAAAAAAAAUAAAAUUACUAUUUAAAAAAAAUGACAGGUUGGAGAGGAUAUGCGAGUCAUGGGUUAGCAAUCCCUUCAUUAAUGGAUAAUAUUGAGUACAACGUUCUUGAACGAUUUAAGAAACAAUUAUAGUACUAGUUCUACAAUGUAUGGAUUAAAUAGAUUUAGAAGAACUCCUUUAACCUUUUAAACAGGUGAAGCAAAGGAUGGUGGCUCAUGAGGAAAGAUGCAGCCUUGGGGCUGCAGUACAGUAUUACUUCUCAUAUUUUUAAGUUGGUGGGAUUCAAGCAGUCUCUAACAAUGAGCAGGACUGCAGUCUUGGAGCCCUGAUGUAAUGUAUGGAGAGUUCAUAGCCUCGGAACUUGGUGGAUUGAGCCUGUGGUAUUUAAUAUUGAUUCUGUAAAUGCUGUAUAAACACAUCCUGUGCUUAUCACACAAGUUGAUUGUAAAAUAGAAGUCUUUUUUCUACUGUAAAAACAGUUGGAAAUUUUUGUUUUUGGUUCAUCGACAUUUGUCAGAAAUGUAAUUUUGUGCAAUACGCGAUUAUGGCAAGACCCUAACCCUUUCAUUAUCUUCCAUAGCCCGAGCUACACUGGAAAUCCUCAUUCCUGAUUUUGUUAAACAGACCUCUGAGGAAAAGCCCAAAGAUAGUGAGGAACUAGAGGUAUGGACUUUACAAUGCAAUCCUGUGCAUCUUAACACGGAAGUAAAUCCCAUUGAAUUCAGUGGGAAUUGCUUCCCAGUGUGUGUAGGAUUGCAACUUUAAUGGAAUGUGAUACAUUAUUGUUGUUUUUUGUGGUGGUGUAUUUUUAUCUUGAGGGACGUCGGUGGUGCUGUGGUCUAAACCACUGAGCCUAGGGCUUGCUGAUCGGAAGGUCGGCGAUUUGAAUCCCCGCAACGGGGUGAGCUCCCGUUGCUCGGUUCCAGCUCCUGCCAACCUAGCAGUUUGAAAGCACGCCAGUGCAAGUAGAUAAAUAGGUAACACUCCAGCGGGAAGGUAAACGCCGUUUCCGUGAGCUGCUCUGGUUCGCCAGAGGCGGUUUAGUGUUGCUGGCCACAUGACCCGGACAAACCCGCCGCAUCCCCAGAGUCGUUCACAACUGGACUUAACUGUCACGGGUCCUUUACCUUUACCUUUUUAUUUUUAGCUUAACCCACACAGUAGCAUUUUGCAGUUCUUUUAAUAAUUAGUUGCAUUAUAUUACAUUGUAGACUGUAUGAAAGUGCUUUGAGGAUAAAGUUUCAAAAAGUUUUACACUGACACUUUUGAAAUAGUGGAUUAUAUCCAAGUGCUCAUCAUUUAAGAGUAGACCUAUUGAAAUCAAGUUACUCAAAGUUUAUUUAAAUGGGUAUGACUUAGUUGGAAAUAUCCCAUUUUCACUAGUAGUCAAAUAUUUUUUUAAACUGGUGAUUAACAUUUUCCAACACAUAAGUUCAUAGAUUCAUGAGUAUAGCUGUUCAGACAUGCUAAAAUCAGAUUGCAAUCCUAUACACACCUGAGGGCAAGUUCAAUUGAUUUCAGUAAGGGCUUAACUUUGGAGUAGACAUACACAGGUCAUAUGAUAACCUAUUUCCAGUGUCUUAAAAUGUAACAGUAUGUGUCUGCUGUUGAAUUGUCAUGGUUUGGAAUAUUUACAACCAGUCCAAUAAAAUUAUUUCUAAAUAAAGCUUAGAAUUUGUUUUAAAUAUAAUAUUUAAAUCACACUGAAUACGUUUUAUUGAAUUUUUGCUCCAGUCGUUCUUUGCUCUUCAGAAGAGUUAAGAUGUUUGUGCAGCAUAUAAUAUUAAUACAACAUUUUUAGUCUUAUUAAAUGUAAGCCAGAUAUAAAUGCUAAAUCAGAUCUACAUCAACCUUUGGACAGUGGGAAAUGUUCAGACUGAAAGUCUUCCAGAAAUACUCAACAAUGAACCUAGAUAUUUUCCUGGACUAUCUAGAAUAGGGGGGAAAGUGGGUAAUAUGAAAUUUCAUUGAACUUGUCAAAAUUUUGAAGCUGAAAUGAUCUGCUUAAUGAGCUGAAAUAGGUGUGAGUCUUGCACAUCACUGCUUAUUUCCUUCUUUCUUAGCAAAUUGCAGUUAUGCAUGGAAGUCUUCAGUUGAACAUUUACCAUUCCGAUUAAAUGGGAAUCUACAGUUACCAAUUUUAGAACAAGGCUGGAUCUUAGCAGCUUUUUGGAGCUAGUUUAUGAGCUGAUGUUUUCCAAAUCUGGUAGCAAUAGUUUUCUGGUUCAGAUGAAAUGGGAGAUUAUGGUUAAUUGAAGAGUUCCUGGCUUAUUGUGCUGGGCUGAGGCAGCAGGUUGACAGAAGACUUGGGCAUUUUCUUGGCUUAUUCAUCUGAGAUAAGAUUGUCUGACAGCUGUGUGUGACUUGUAAUAAACUGAUUAUGACAGUCAUUUCCCCCUCUUUCUAAAUAUUACUAUCUUUUAAGGCUAGGCUUAUAUGUAUUUAGGGUUUUUUCCAGCCUUUACUCAUAGUCUUCCAAAACUGUAUUAAUCUUUGUUUUAGGCUUCCUUAAAAUGGAGUAUGUGGCCAGCAUAAUUAUCUUGCUAACUAAAGUGAAGCCAAAGCAAAAUAAACUAGUGGUAUUCUUAUAUAGUGAAACAUUUAUUUCCCAAUGAAUUCAUUUAAGGCUGCACAAAAUGGCAAUAAAUAAUAAAUUUUGAUGGCACAAUGCUAUGCAGAGUGUUCUGCUUAGUACUGCAGCUCCAUCCUUCAGGCAUAAACUUUAAAGUCAAGGCUCAGAAUUCCUUUUUGCCAUUUAAGUAAUGAUGAUCUACCAAUUUUGUUGCAGUAUUUUAACCAUAUCAGUAUUGAGGACUCACGGGUAUACGAACUGACCAGUAAAGCUGGACUAUUGUCUCCAUAUCAAAUCCUUCAUGAGUGCCUUAAAAGGUAAGGUUGGGUACUGCUAAUGUGUUCAGUAGAAUUACGGAUAUCCCAGUGUACAUUCAAAUCUCCUGAGCAGUUGUGUGUGGGGGGGUGCUUUUUACUAAUGAAAAUUAUGUUCAUAUGUUCUUCUGUUUUUUGUUAAUGUUACAAUGGCACAAACAAUUCAUGCUUGAAUUCAUGCUUACAGACGGUCCCCUAACCUGUGACAGCUAUUCAGCAACAGUAGUGGGACCAUGGAACCAUCUGAUGGGAAACAUGAGCCUAGAAGUCUCAUGCCAACUAUACGUUUGCUAUACUUUUCAGUAAUAGUGCUCACAAAGCAGAUGUAAAGUUUGACUCUGAACCAAACAGUUUAGCUUGCCCUCUCAAAUGCAGGCAUGUUAAAUUAUUUGUUUUGGCAUGAUACUUCCAAAUUACACACUUUAGACACAUUAAUUAAAAUGGAAGAGCAUUCAGCAUGUGAAUUCCUCCAGUGAAAUCUUGAGAAAUGCAAAUGUGCUUAACUUUGGCAAUAUUUUUGUGGGUUUUUUUAAGAUGUUAAAGAAACAUUCAUUUUUGACCGGUUGUUUGUUUUGCACAAAAGCAAUAUUCAAUAUUAGGAGCAUGUGUAGAAUGUUGGGUAGAAAACAGGAUUUGUUGGUUAGAUAGAAAUAAAAAUAAUUUUUCAUUAGCCAGAUCUCUUACUUUUGAAACUUUGUUAGCCACAUGUGGUAUAAGUAGAGAUUGUGGUUUGGUAUGCUUAACACCAUUUCAUCUCUGUAAGAAACCAUGGAAUGGGUGACACAUCCAUCAAGUUUGAAGUGAUUCCUGGUAAAAAUCAGAAGAGUGAAUAUGUCAUGACAUGUGGGAAGCACACCGUGCGUGGCUGGUGUAAGUAUGAUGGCUGGUUUGAAAGCCUUUGAGAUGAAUAUUCCUCUUCAUUCUCUGCUUCAUUGUGUAGCAUUUGUUUCUAAUUUUCCUGAUCUUUGUGCUUUACCUGUGUUCUUGUAUACACCAGUCUCAUGGCCUUGACACCACUGUUACUUAAGAUAGGAAUUUGGAUCUAGAUAUUAAGUAUUUAGGAACUACACCUGGGAAUUUCAUGGCAUUGUGAGACUGAAAUGCUCUUCCUGAGAUACGGGACUUGUAUAUUGGAAAUACACAAAUAUUAGGAAUAGAAAAGGCAUCUUGUUGUGAAAUGUUGCCAGGAUUAGAUGACAUUUCCAUACACACACCCCUUUUUAAGGGGUUGGUAUUUUUUAUCUUCCUGGGUUGGAUCAGUUUAAAUCAGCUUGGAGAGCUAAUGGUGGUCCCCUAUGGGCCAGAAGCAUGACUCUUGCUAUUGAGGAGUCAUGCCUUCAAUGUAGUGGGCCAAGUUCUAUAGAACUUGUUCCCAUUAAGCACAGUCCCUAUUAGGUUUCAAAUGCCAGGUUAAAAUGGUUUUAUUUCAGGAGAUCUUUGCACUAUGAAUGCAGUUCUCAUGUUUCUAUUUCUGAUGUUUUAAAUUCAAUUUCAUUCUGACUGAGCUGCUUUGAGAUAUAUAACGGAAAAGUAUAAAUUUCUUAAAUAGAGAGAUAAAUAAUUACACUUAGGUUCUGUGGAAAUUGGUAUGAAAAGUCAUGUCUUGGGUUGCAGUUAUUUAAAUGGGAGCUGAUUGCAGCUUAGUGUGGACCUAAUCUUGACUUUCCAUAAUGAUUAUGAACCAAUUAUUACAAAGGGUUUAAAAAAGCUCUGAUGUGGACCUGUUUUUCCUCCCAAAACUUUGUUUCGUGGCGAUUAUGCAGGCAAAAACAAGAGAGUUGGGAAACAGUUGGCAUCUCAGAAAAUCCUUCAGCUGCUUCAUCCGCAUGUGAAAAACUGGGGGUCCUUAUUGCGCAUGUAUGGGAGAGAGAGCAGUAAGAUGGUUAAGCAGGUAAGCUAUGUAUGCUUUGCUCUGUAAACUUUCUGAAUCGUUUUUUGUCUUCUUAUUAAAGCUAUGCAAUACUUAAAUUCAGUUCCUCAUAAUGAUGCUGUUUAAAUGCCAUGGUUGCAAACUCCUUAACAUUGAGACUGCUGUGUUGCAAAGACGCUGAUGUGAUCCAUAAGUUGAGUUUAUGCAGCAAAAACCCAUGAGGGAGUGCAAAUGCUUACACUGAGCCAUAAUCUGGGACCACAUGCAUACACCAACCCAGAAAGUGUUCCUCACAUGAGCGGCUGCAACAGUUAGUGUCCUGACAUUCUUAAAGUUUUAGGCACAGUUUGGCAGGCUGAAUAGAUCAGGAGGAAGAGCCCUUACAGCAUUACCUGUGUGUAAGAGAACUGGUGCAACUUGAGGGAUACCCUACUUCCAUCAUGUUGCCAUUUAUUUAUGAAAAUAUUUUCAUUCUACAAAAUGAAAGUACAAAAUCUCCAGCGUGGUUUCUUCUCCUAUAUUUAUCUAUUUACUUAAUAUAUAAGCAAACCACCACAAGGUGGCUUACAAUAAAACAGCUAAAACCACAAAACAAUUGAGAAAUAAUAUAAUUAACAAUAGAUAAAAGCAUAUACAGGGGCUGGGGGGGGGGAUCAGCAAUAAGUGUGCCAGAAUAAAAAGUCUUCAAAGAAUUAGAGGUUGCAAGAAAGGGGGCCCAAGUGAAGUUACCAGGGGAGGGAAUUCCACGACACUGGGGCCAUCAUUGCAAAAACCCUGUCCCUAGCACUCGCCAAUUUGCUCAGCCUUAGUAGUAAACAUAUAUUAUAAAAAUAACCUUCCUCUUGAAGAUGAAAAUGGGAGCUCUUUCUUUAGUCUUUCUGAUACUUUGUGAUACAGGAGACGUCUGAUAAAAGUGUGAUAGAGCUUCAGCAGUAUGCCAAAAAGAACAAGCCAAAUCUGCACAUUCUUAACAAGUUACAGGAAGAAAUGAAGAAGUUGGCACAAGAAAGGGUAAGUGCAUGAUUACUAAUUUUAAAAUUUGUUCAAUUCUGAGAACACGCAUGAAAGCUGUGUUUAUAUUUCUUGACAGUUUGACUUCAUGCGCAUUGCAGAAAUUUAAAGUUAAAUUUUGAAAGAACUAGUUUUUAUUCUUCUGUGAUGCUUUUUUCAGUUAACAAAUUCCUUACUGUUCAAACAAAGGUCACUAUGGUUAUCUAGGAUGCAAACACUUUGAAAUAUCUCCUGUGUUGUGACUGUUUAUAAUCUUGCUGUGAUGGCUUCUUCUUCUUCAUGACUGGUCUUUGUUCUUGCAUGGAAAUGGGGCUGUCACAGGGGGUUGGCAUGUCAGUUUUCCCUUACGGCCCAUCAGUAUAAACAACUUGCUUAGACUAUUGCUCUUUCUUUUUCUAAUCUUUGUAAUUCAGUUCUCUGUUAGCAAGUAUUCUGUAGGCAUAGGUUGAUUGCUGUUAAGCACUAAAAGAAAAUCUUCCCCCACCAAAUCAGAGGUUAAGUGUGAAAGGGGAGUUGCCACAUUUUCAUCUGUGAUCAAUUUCAGAUUCCCUUUGCAAAAGGGAACAUAGAGACUUGCACUAAAAAGUAGCCUUUGUGUCCUGCAUUUUCACAAUAUAGAUACUAAUCUCUUCCUUCUAGUAAUUAGGGUGCCAUGGGGCUAAAAGUAGAAAAUUCUGGUUUUUGAUCUGUUGAAAUGUUUUCAAAAUGUUGACACCAUCUAUGUGUACAAGUUUGUUUAUAAUUAUGGUUGGCUUCUUAUAUCUUUAAGGAGGAAACUCGAAAGAAACCCAAGAUGACAAUUGUCGAAUCUGCUCAACCUGGCAGUGAGCCUCUGUGUACUGUUGAUGUGUGA